AUAUAUAUUGCUCCCCUCACUCUUUCCCCUGCUCCGCCUCCCCCACAUUUUCUCUCUCAUAACUAGAGUUAGGGUUAGGGUUUGGUUUUCCCAAUCACCAGGCACUGAGCUCUCAGCGAACACAUGGCAGCCCCAAUCCAGUCUGUCCAGUGCUUCGGCCGGAAGAAGACCGCCGUCGCCGUCACUCACUGCAAGCGCGGCCGUGGCCUGAUCAAAAUCAACGGCGUCCCCAUCGAGCUGGUCCAGCCGGAAAUCCUCCGCUACAAGGCGUUCGAGCCGAUCCUCCUGCUUGGCCGCCAACGCUUCGUCGAAGUCGACAUGCGCAUCCGCGUCAAGGGCGGUGGUCACACCUCUCAGAUCUACGCCAUCCGUCAAUCCAUCGCUAAAGCACUCGUCGCCUACUUCCAGAAGUACGUCGAUGAGCAGAGCAAGAAGGAGAUCAAGGACAUUCUGGUGAGGUACGAUCGGACUCUUCUUGUUGCCGAUCCUCGACGCUGUGAGCCCAAGAAGUUCGGUGGUCGUGGUGCUCGUGCUAGGUUCCAGAAAUCCUACCGUUGAGGGUUUGGCAUUAUCUUCACUAUGCUUUACAAUCUGUUUAUCUAUUAUGUUUUCAGGUCCUGAAAUUUGAGACUUUCUUGAGAGAUCCUAUAGGUCUUAUGUUUUGAGUAUUAUGUUGGUUUGAAUAUUUUUAGGAUAUUUGAGUUAAUUAAAUUGAAGAUGUUGGAAUUCAAUUUUGAUUAUGAAUGCUUUGGUUUGUUUGUCAUGUCUAUUAUGGUAUUUUAGUUAAUCUAAUCUAUCAAGCGUUUGGUUAAUUUUUUUUUUUGGUGGUAUGGACCGGAGGACCAUAUGGUUUUAGUUGAAUGCAGAGUUAUUUCAGUUGUUUUCUGAAGAGCCCGCCUUUUACACAUUAUGUUGCGUAUUAUGUGUAUUGAGGGUGAAUGCUUUGGUUUAGUUGAUACAUUUAUUAUCGGUUGAGUAGAGUUGUAAUAUCGGUUUUUCC